GGAUUCGAACUCAGCGUCGAUUCUGGAGAAUUCACAGAUUCUGAAAUCAUCGUAUUGCUGGGCGAAAACGGCACUGGCAAGACGACCAUGAUCCGAAUGCUGGCCGGCAAACUGGUACCGGACGAAGAAUCAGACGAAAUCCCUCAGUUGAACAUAUCUUAUAAGCCACAGAAAAUUAGCCCAAAAUCGACUUGCACCGUCAGGCAGCUGUUUCACACGAAAAUCCGUGACGCUUACAUUCAUCCACAAUUCGUCAGCGACGUCUUGAAACCGUUGAACAUUGAACAUAUCAUGGACCAAGAGGUGCAGAAUUUAUCUGGUGGUGAACUGCAACGAGUGGCAUUAGUGCUGUGCUUAGGCAAACCGGCGGACGUGUACCUGAUCGACGAACCAUCGGCUUAUUUGGAUUCCGAACAACGUUUACAUGCUGCAAAGGUGAUCAAAAGAUUCAUCCUGCACGCCAAGAAAACUGCGUUCGUUGUAGAACACGAUUUCAUAAUGGCUACCUACCUUUCUGACCGGGUAAUCGUGUUCGAUGGCCAGCCGUCCAUAUCGACUCAUGCUUCUUCACCACAGAGUCUUUUAAACGGCAUGAACAAAUUUCUCGAACAACUUGACAUAACUUUCCGACGCGAUCCUAAUAACUACCGCCCAAGGAUCAAUAAACUGAAUUCCGUAAAGGACGUUGAUCAGAAGAAAAGCGGAAAUUUCUUCUUUCUUGAAGACUGA